ACCAUUCACGCAGCAGAGCCGAACUGCUCAGCCACAAACAGGCUCUCAUGGAAGCUCGACGUGGGAUUACUGGACCUCAGCUCUGACAACUCUUUGGGAGCCUCUUCACUCUUGAUUUGUAGACUUUAAUUACGACUCAAAUCAUCCUGAGGGAUUAAUUGCUGGAAGAGGGGGUGUUGUUUCUAUCUGUGGUCCACCAGUCCAGUUCGAGGAUGGUCCUGUGUGAGGAUGGAGAGUGCAGCGUCUGCCUCUUGCCAUAUUCCCGCACGGACAGGAUCCCCAGGGUGCUUCACUGCCUGCACACCUUCUGUGAGCCCUGCCUGAAGACCAUAUCCCAGGUCAGGGGCGGUCUCGUCACCGUGCCCUGCCCUCUGUGCCGACGGGUCACCUGCAUAGGCCGAGGCCUCGGGCUCCAGGAGGCCCUGUGGGUCAACGACAAGCUGUGGGAGAAGAUACCAGAGGAGGAGCACGCAGAGGAGGAGGAUGGAGAGAGGACGGAGAUAAAACAGCAGCCCUCAUUCCAGGCAGAGUGCGUUUCAGCGAGGCCUGCCGCCGCCCGCCUCAAGCUGCCAGCCUUCUUCAGGAAGUUCAGUCUGACGAAGCCGCAGCAGGACCGGAUCAUCCCCGGCAGUAAUGUGGAGAUGAAAUCUUGGCGCCGACUCUCGGCCGAUGAGACGGUUUAAAAAACGAGGAGGAGACGCUGCAGCUCUCAGGAUUCUCUGACGAACAACUCAGAUCAGCCUCGAGUCGGACCGAGGAGCCAUUCAUGUUCCUGUCAAGACAAUGUUUUGUUCUCAGCUAAAGGUGUCCCCGUUAUUUAUUCUAGGAUUAAUUCUUCCAGCUGGUGUUGUGGGAUUUAGUUCAGCGGUCUCAGUGGGGCUAACACCCCAGGACCCCCUUACACCAGAUGGUCUCCUGUUACCACUCCUUAACUUAUUUAUUUAUGCCAGUUCACAGACAUUUUCAACUUUGAUUUAUUGUUCUCGCUGAUAUGACCUCUCAUAUCAAGAAGAUGGCAGCCAGUUAAAAUCAUUAUAAAACUUCUUUAUAGCCCACAUCGUUGAUGGUGCGUGAGUUAUUUUUAAAAAGUGAA